CUUCCUUUCUGCCCGCCUCAGUUUUCCUGUCUGUAAAAUGGGGGAACAACUCCAGCGAUAGAGCUGAAGCGGGCUCGAAGGCAGCAGAGAAGUGCCAGAGCCGUGACCAGGUCUCCCAGCGCACCCGAGGCAGGCAGGACCGGGCGGGAUCCGGGUCCCAGCGCGCUGGUCUGAUUGCAGACGAUCGCUGUGAGAUCGGCUCGGUGCCAGAGCAGGCGACCGGGUAGAGAAAUCGCAGCCCGCAGCCAGCGUCUGACCCAGAGAGAGGCAUGGUCGGGCUUCAAACCCGGGUCUCCUGGCGGCUGGGCCUGGGGAGUCGAUGCUCUCCCCUUUUGUACUGAAAAGCCCAGGAGGAGACCUUUCACGGGUACAGCCUCACCCAGCGUCUCGGGAACGGAGGCCAUCAAGACUCAAGCCUGGCGGACCUGGGUUUGAACUCCAGCGCCACCCGUACCUCCUGUGAAAGCUUGGAAAGUCACUUCGCCUCUUUGAGCCUCAGUGUCCUCAUCUGCAAAUGGGGAUCAUAACCCCCUCUCAUCUUAGCUCACAGCUCAAUUAAACUAGAUAGUGUAUGCAAAGUACUAGGCACAUGCCACUGAGUAUCACCUGGGUCUGCUGAAAGCAAAACUCGCCAAGUAUCGGGCUCAGCUUCUGGAACCGUCCAAAUCGGCCUCAUCCAAAGGAGAGGGUUUUGAUGUCAUGAAGUCGGGUGACGCCCGCGUGGCACUGAUUGGAUUUCCCUCUGUGGGUAAGUCCACCUUCUUGAGUCUAAUGACCUCCACAGCCAGCGAAGCCGCGUCCUAUGAAUUCACCACCCUGACAUGCAUCCCUGGGGUCAUUGAAUAUAAAGGAGCCAAUAUCCAGCUCCUGGACCUUCCUGGGAUCAUCGAGGGUGCAGCACAAGGUAAAGGCCGCGGACGGCAGGUGAUAGCUGUGGCGCGGACGGCAGACGUUGUCAUCAUGAUGCUGGAUGCCACCAAGGGAGAAGUGCAGAGGUCUCUGCUGGAGAAGGAACUGGAGUCUGUGGGGAUCCGCCUCAACAAGCACAGGCCCAACAUCUACUUCAAGCCCAAGAAAGGCGGCGGCAUCUCCUUCAACUCGACAGUCACACUGACCCAGUGCUCGGAAAAGCUGGUGCAGCUGAUCCUGCACGAGUACAAGAUCUUCAACGCGGAGGUGCUUUUCCGAGAAGACUGCUCCCCGGACGAGUUCAUCGACGUGAUCGUGGGCAACCGGGUGUACAUGCCGUGCUUGUAUGUUUAUAACAAAAUCGACCAGAUCUCAAUGGAGGAAGUGGACCGCCUGGCCCGGAAGCCCAACAGUGUGGUCAUCAGCUGCGGCAUGAAGCUGAACCUGGACUACUUGCUCGAGAUGCUUUGGGAGUACCUGGCCCUGACCUGCAUCUACACCAAGAAGAGAGGACAGAGGCCAGACUUCACAGAUGCCAUCAUCCUCCGGAAAGGGGCCUCCGUGGAGCAUGUGUGCCACCGCAUUCACCGGUCACUCGCCAGCCAGUUUAAGUACGCGCUGGUGUGGGGCACCAGUACCAAGUACAGCCCGCAGCGAGUGGGCCUGACCCACACCAUGGAGCACGAGGACGUCAUCCAGAUUGUCAAGAAGUAGUGCCUCCUGCUGGGCCCCUUGCCUGCCCACCCUGUCUCCCCGGGGAGUCAGACCCAGCCGGACACACCAAAGCCCAAACAGGAAAUAACGUGCAAAUACAUACACCCCAGGAAGGGGUCUCUCAAGUCUCCACUGUUUCUGGAAGUUUCUUCAGUAGGCAGAUGUAGUGUGUUGGGGCAGAGGGACAUGGUUGGGGAACUUGGGCUGGUCUGGUGGCAUUUCCCAUGAGAGUGGCCCCUUGGAUGGAGAUUCUGUGUUUGGAACCCUGGGCCUGUGCCCUACACUCAGCACCCUCAGGCACCGACAGGGCCUCAUGCGGAUGGCUCGCUCAGUGCCAGGGCGCGGAGCCAAGCCUGCCCAGGUCCCAGGAAGCUCUGUUUCUGGUGGGGCGCCUUGGGCCUUUAGCUCCCGCCAUCCUCUCUGGCACUUGAGGAGCGGGUCUCCCAGGACAAGCCCUCUGCCCCACCCCAGGGCUGCUCCAUCAUCCCUCCACAGCCUGAGGAGCCCUGAUGUACGGCCCUCCUGGGGCCACCCCUGCCCAGAGCCCACGACCCAGGGCCUACACGGACGCCAGGAGUGGCAGCUUCGGCAUUGGGUUUCUGUACUUUUUCUCUAAGACCUUGGUCUUGGCUCUCCUUUCUACAAUAAAGAGUGGAAACAA